AUGGAAACGGUGCAGGAGCUAAAGGAAACGGUGAAGAACAUGACCGACGCGAAGGCUGGAGCAUUUGACUAUGCAGACGCCUUUGAAUCAGUCAAUGGCAUGGAAAUUGUUGAUGCACUUGUCAAACUUCAACUUCAGAAGCAGAACAGAAGAGCCGCAGAUUUUCUGGGCAGAGAUUUGGAACAGCUCAAAGACGGGAACUUCACAAAGAUCUCUGCAGAUGCCAGGAACCACAUGUGCACUACUGCGUUGCAUGUGGCAGCAAGGGGUGGCCGCGUUGAUUUCAUCGAAGCUUUGAUCAAGGCAAAGGCAGAUGUCAAUGCGAAGAACAAAUGGCAGUCGACACCUUUGCAUUUGGCUGCUGACAACAACCAUCUGAAAGCAGUCGAGGCAUUGCUCCUUGCUGGGGCUGAUGUCCAGGCCAAGAAUGUUGAUGGAAAAACGCCUUUGGACUUGGCCAAGAAAUACAAUCAUUCUGCCGUGGUAAAGCUACUGGAGGCUGCUCGAAAGUGA